UUGCUUUCGCGUUGAGUACUAGUGAAAGCCUGCGCGUCCCUUCGUACGCACGACACACCUUGACUUGAUUUGCUGGGUUGAACGUUGCAUCACGGCAGUCGUAGCCAAGGACUUUGCAUCCUUCAUUAGCCCAAAUUCCUCAAACGCGUCUGGCAGUGACAUUUAACAUCCCUUCGCUUGAGUUUGGUGCUCAUGGUCGAUACCGUACUCUAUUGAAACAUCAGGCAUUGAGGAACUGCCAUGUCCAAAUCGACCUCCGAGGUUGAUGCACUUUAUGCAGAAAUUCACUGUCGAAUGAUCGAGAAUGGAGAGUGGGAUCGAAUAUUGCAUCUGAUGUCCUCUAAGUUGUCUGAAAGCGGAUGGACAGAUGAUCUUCUGCACCGUGCCAAAGAAAACAGUAGAACCAUGGAUCCGCUUUCCCUUCAGACGAUCCUGCGGGAAUUGUUAUCACAUGCGCAAACAAGCGUGCCUCUUUCCGUGAAACGGGAAAUCACGACUGUUAUCAAGCAGUUUGUAAAGGAGCAAUUCGAGAAGUAGCCAAUACACCUCCCAUGACACCUUCUACUUAUCUCAUGCGAACGCUUUCAUGUAACUUGCCCAUAAUUAUAUGCCAGGGGAGCUAAACGAAAUGACUUUGACUAUUCGAAAGCUAGGCUCCCCGGCAUUUUCCUGCGGUAACCGUGAUUGGAUUACUUCUGCGGGAAGCAUCACCGCCGUUAUCAAAUCGAUAUACCACGAUGUCAACAUCUUCUAGCGUCUCAGCAUUGCAACUGAGUGCUAUGCGAACAGAUAGCUCCGCACUAACAACUUCGCUUUGGAAAGAGUCAGGAAGAACAGGCGAUGGAACCUAAAGUACUCACAGGACUCAUCAUGCAUCAUGAUGUGCUAGCGAAUGUUUUCAUUCUUCAGUAUUUUGAUGUUCACAGCUCCCUGCACGGCUACCUAUAGCUUCUUAACAGACCUCGUCAUCAAUGUUCUUACCAGAUUCUCGAGCUAUCAUUACUUGCAAUGAG